CACCUCCUCUAUUCAAUCAAAUAAACGUAACCCCAGAACGCUUUGAGCAUCUCAUCACUUUGGUUGGAAGCAAAGAUGAUGACUUUGAAACCUUCUUUCUCUUUCUUUUUCUUCUUCUUGUUUUCUUUCAUGGCAGGGACGAUAAGGGCACAAAACACCGGUAGUACUAUCCCAGUUAACGUAGGUGUGAUUCUUGAUUUUGAUGAUUGGGUUGGCAGGAUGUGGUUGAGCUGCAUCAACAUGUCCCUAGUAGACUUCUAUGCAGCCCACGGACACUACAAAACCAGGCUGUUCCUCCACGCCAGGGAUUCCAAGAACGAUGUCAUUGGGGCGGCUGCAGCAGCUACGGACUUGAUAACCAAUGUGGGAGCACUAGCAAUCAUAGGGCCAACAACAUCCAGACAAGCUAAUUUUGUGAUUGAGCUCGGAGAAAAAGCUCAGGUUCCCAUUAUAUCUUUUACUGCGUCAGUCCCUUCUCUUACAUCCAUCAAGAGGCCUUACUUCUUUCGAUCUACUGAAACCGACAAAACUCAAGUCAAGGCCAUAGCUGCAAUAGUUCAAAACUUUGGAUGGAGAGAAGCAGUGCCCAUCUACGUUGAUGACGACUAUGGAGUUGGAAUCUUACCUUAUCUAGUGGCUUCUUUACAAGCAGUUGAUACUAAUGUUCCCCACCAGAGUGCCAUUUCUCCAUGGGCCAGUGAUGCUGACAUUUUGGAAGAGCUUUACAAGUUGAAAACGAUGCAAACGAGAGUUUUCAUUGUGCACAUGCUUCCCUCUCUUGGUACUCGGCUUUUUACCAAAGCUAAAGAAGCUGGAAUGAUGGAUAUAGGCUAUGUUUGGAUCAUGACUGAUGGGAUGACUAAUUUAUUGAAUUUGUUGAAUGAUUCAGACAUUGAUUCAAUGCAAGGAGUUCUAGGUGUUAGGCCUUAUAUUCCGAAAACAAAAGAGUUGAAAGAUUUUCGACUUCGAUGGAAAAGAAAAUUACAUCGAGAUCAUCCUAACAUGGUUGAUGCUGAUUUGGACAUUUAUGGAUGGUUGGCCUAUGAUGCUACUAUGGCUUUGGCCAUGGCAGUUGAGCAAGUUGCUGGGACUACAACAAACUUGGGCAUAAAAGAAGCUAAUGUUUCUAGCAAUUUAGUACGACUUGAAACCGUUGGAGUUUCUAAAAAUGGUCAUAAACUUAGUCAGGCAUUGUCAAGUAUUAGUUUCAGGGGCCUAACAGGAGAUUUCCGCUUUGUUAAUCAACAAUUACAGUCAUCAGCUAUCCAGAUUGUUAAUAUAAAUGGUGUUGUUGAGGCAAAAGGAAUUGGAUUUUGGACACCAACGAAGGGAAUUUUCAAAAGGUGGAAGUUCAACUCAACCACAAGUGCUUCUUCAACUUCUCAAUCCAAACUUGCAACCAUUAUGUGGCCAGGGGAGCCAACUUCUGUUCCUAAGGGUUGGGAGAUUCCGACAAACGGGACGAAGUUGCGAAUUGGGGUGCCGGUCAAGGAUGGUUUCACUGAAUUUGUGAAGGUUACGAGAAACCCUAAGACUAAUGCUACAAAGGUAACAGGAUACUGCAUAGACGUUUUUAAUGCAGUAAUGGAUCGAUUACCAUAUGACGUUUCUUAUGAUUACGUCCCCUUUGUCAAUUCUGAAGGGGAGAGUGCUGGAACUUACAACGAUUUAAUCUAUCAAGUCUACUUGGGGCUGCAGAAAUUUGAUGCUGUUGUGGGAGAUGUGACAAUUCUGGCCAACAGGUCCAACUAUGUUGACUUUGCGAUGCCUUACUCGGAAUCUGGUAUAUCAAUGGUAGUGCCAGUCAAAGACACUAAGAACGACAACGCCUUGAUCUUUUUGAAGCCUUUUAAAUUGGACCUUUGGGUGACAACACUUUGUUCCUUUGUCAUCAUUGGAUUUGUAGUUUGGGUUCUUGAACACAGAAUAAACAAAGACUUCCGAGGACCUCCUUCACAACAAGCCGGCACCAGCUUAUGGUUUGCCUUCUCAACCAUUGUUUUUUCCCAACGAGAGAAGGUGAUCAACAACUUGGCUCGGAUAGUGGUAAUCAUAUGGAGUUUAGUUGUACUCAUUAUCACUCAGAGUUACACUGCAAGUUUAUCCAGCCUUCUAACUGUUCAACAGCUGCAGCCCGCAAUUACUGAUAUAACUGAGCUUAUUAGAAACAGGGAAGUUGUAGGGUACCAUAAGGACUCUUUUGUUAAAGAUAUUUUGAGAGGACUGGGAUUUCAAGAUUUCCAACUCUUGAGCUACACUUCUCCUCAAGAAUGUGAUGAACUCCUUUCCAAAGGAAGCCAAAAUGGUGGUGUUGCAGCUGUAUUUGACCAAUUCCCGGCUGUCAAGCUUAUUCUGGCACGAAAUUGCUCCAACUAUACCUCAAUUGAAGCUCGUACAUUUAUGUCGAGAUUCCCAAAUCAGAAAAACAUAUCAAGCAACAUUCAACAAUUUAAAACAGGCGGCUUUGGCUUUGCAUUUCCUUUAGGUUCUCCUCUGGUGCCUGAUGUAUCACGGGCGAUUCUAAAAGUGACUGAGGAUGAGGAUGAUAUGAUGGGGAGAAUAGAAGACGAGUGGUUGAGCGCAAAGAGCAUUUGUGCAGCUCAUACCAACUCCUUCUCUUCUAGUAGCCUUGGUGUUAGUAGUUUCUGGGUUCUUUUUGCGAUUACUGGAGGGACCUCACUUUUAGCUCUUACAACAUACAUAACCAUGUUUGUUCACCAACAUUGGGAAGACUUGAGACCCUAUGAUUCAAUGUGGGGUAGAAUCGUUAAUUUGUUUAGAAUCUUCAACCAAAAGGACUCCAAAUGGCAUACUUUCAGAAAAAGUGAAGCUAAUAAUGGCGAUAAUCUUUCUGAUCAUUCAUAUGGAGAGCGACAGGCUGCUUCCUCUGCCUUGCACGAGGGUUCCGUAGAGAAUGUUGACCUCAAUCCAACCGAACAAGCAAAUAAAGAUGUAGCCACAUUUAAUAUUGAUAUUGAGCCUACCAACCCAAAUCAAGUCAUGCCAACAUCAACGGGAAUAUACCAUGGCACCAAUUGACUCCUGAACUUUUUUUUAUUUUUUUUGGCAUGAUUGUUAGAUUACCUGUGCCACAUAGGAAAUUCAUAAAAUAUAAAUAGUUAGAUUAUAAUAUUAAAAUAAUUAGUCAUUUUGAUGUGUAAAAUAACUCAAUUACUUAUAUAUGCUCCUAUUAAAAUGAA